AUGAAGAACAACAAUUCAUUAUCCAUUUCCAUAUUACUAAUCUCUUUGAUCUUAUUCACAAAACCAUCUCUCCAAGAAUCAAAUCCACCGCCGCCGCCGCUGCCACCGACAAAUCCGCGUCUUUCCAACGCGUUCAUCGCCCUCCAGGCAUGGAAACACGCGAUCACUGGCGAUCCCAAGAACUUAACCGCCAACUGGUGCGGGCCCACGUAUGCACUACACCGGAGUUACUGCGCACCGGCGCCCGAUGACCCCCACACCAUCACGGUCGCCGGAAUCGAUUUGAACCACGGCCGAAUCUCCGGUUCCUUGCCGGAGGAGCUAGGGUUGUUGACCGAUCUCGCUCUAUUCCACAUCAACUCGAACCGGUUCAAGAAAACCCUACCGGAAAGUUUCCGAGACCUCCAUCUUUUGUACGAGCUCGAUAUAAGCAACAACCGAUUCGCCGGAGUAUUCCCCUCCGUCGUACUCUGCCUUCCAACACUAAAAUUCCUCGACAUUCGGUACAACAAGUUCCACGGUGAAGUUCCGUCGGAGCUUUUCGACAGAAAGCUCGACGCGAUCUUUAUCAACAACAACGAUUUCGAGUUCCGCCUGCCGAAGAAUAUCUGGAACUCGACCGUCUCGGUUCUCGUGCUGGCCAACAACGAUCUCCGCGGGUGUUUGCCCCCCGGGAUCGGCCGCAUGGCGAAAACCCUAAACGAGAUUAUCCUUACGAACUCCGGUCUUAGCGGGUGCUUGACCGACGAGAUAGGGCUUCUUAAGAAGCUAACGGUGUUCGACGUGAGCAAUAACAAACUCGUCGGUAGUUUGCCGGAGAAGAUGGGGAAUAUGGAGAGCCUCGAGCAACUUAAUGUUGCCGGAAACAAAUUUUCCGGCCAGAUUCCGGCGAGUAUAUGCUCGUUGCCGAGGCUCGAGAAUUUCACGUAUUCCGAUAAUUAUUUCUGCGGCGAACCGAAAUCUUGUCUCAAACUGAAAGAUAAGGAUGAUAGGAAGAAUUGCAUACCUUAUAGACCCAAACAACGCUCUGCUGAGGAAUGCCAUGUUUUUUAUUCACACCCUGUCGAUUGCGGUGCUCCCGGUUGUCCGGCGCCACCACCGCCGCCGCCGCCACCACCACCACCACCGCCACCGCCACCGCCACCGCCACAUCGUUAUCAUAAACAAAUUCAUAAUCAUGCUACUCUUUUGCUUUGUUUUACUCGGUCUCAUUGA